CUGUCAAGACCAGCAACCGGCGAGGCCAGUCCGGCAGGCAGCCGGCAGCCGCUAACCGGAAAACAACAAUCCUAACCCGUCCAAGCAUAUACCCAACUUUGCUUUUACCAAUUCUUUGCCAUCGGUUUGUCCGAAUUCGAAUCCAAAUGCCAAAUAUACCGUUUACAGGAAUCCCCGAAGAUUACACAUAUUUUAAAAACACGAAAGCCAAAGCUAAGUCGAUCCUCCGCACAAAAAGACAGAGCUGCCGGCCAAUUCGCCGGCCGAUCAUUCAACUCAGCAUCCGCGACAAUCCCAAUGCCCACACCCCACAAGGUUUCCUCCAUUCACAAAACUCUUCAUUUCCCCUACCAUUUUCACUUCUCUUCGCCUCCCUUUUUCUCCCAAAUCUUUGAUCUUUCCUCCCAAAGCCGGAAAACCCCAAAAUGGAUCGGACGAGGUUCAGCCGUGGAUCAGCCAAAACUUCCAUGACCGCCCACCACAAGAAGGCGCCGGCGCCUGCGCCGGCAGCAGACCUCACCGACUUCAUGAACGACAUGUUCUUCGGAACAGUCAACAACGACGCCAAGAAGUCCUACAACCUCACCGGGAACCGAUGGGACGACAACAAAGACAAUGACGACGACGAAGGAGGAUUCGACGACAGCAUCCGGAGCGACAGCAGCAAGCUGACUCAGGAAUGGCUGCACGAGGCCAGGCGGAUGGUCGCCUCGUCUCCUUCCCGCUGCGACUCCCCUGCUAGUGCCAGGCUGCUCGGCUCGCCGAGGUUCGCUUCACCGAGGCUUUCGACGGGGUCGAUUCUCGACAAGCGAGACCCUCUUUCCCGCUCCGCCAGAAGAAACAGAGCAACUGAAGGUUUCAGCGAGGAGAUCCUGACGAGGUCAGCUAGGCACAGCAGGAACGGGUCGAUCGGGUCCGACUCAGUGGUCGACUCGUCCCCUGCAUCGCAAGUUCACAAGUGGAUCUCCAAUAAUCUGAAGCCGCCAACUUCAAACGGAUCUUCCCCUGAAUACCAAUCACCAAACAACAACAACAACGGCGCGCUGAUUUUUCCGGCGAACGAUGCAGGGUCGCCUCUGCCUCCACGGCAAUCGACAAUCAGGAAGUCUCGCUUCCGAUCUGCGCCGAAGCCUUCGCAGCCUCCACUGCCGCCAGCUUCUUCGCCGCAGGAUAUUCCGAGAAGGUUCAAGCAGGCUCCGGUGCCGGAGCCGACAGGUCAGAUGCUGUCUCCACCGAAGAAUCUCGUGGAGUCUGCUCACCGGCGGUCUAUUUCCAAGUCCACCUGUUCGAUCGAGAAAAUUGCUCCGAAUUCGAGCGGGCGCGAAGAUGAUCAACUGAGUGGGGAGCAGCAGGAGCUGAGCUUGAAUGGGUUCUUGAAAAAACAGAGGGCCAAGAUUGAGCAGAUCAUGAACAAAGAGGUUGAAGGGAAGGCCAAGAUCAUCCUCUCUGGACCUUCAAACAGUACAAGUUCAAUGGUGGCAGCGAUUUGCCAUGCCUGGUUGAUGGAGAACAGAGCGAGGAAGAGUAAGGAAGAUGGAGGCGGCGAUGGCGAGACACCGUUCGUGGUGGUGCCGGUGAUGAAUGUUAGGAGAGGUCGUAUGUGGAAGCAGAGGCAGGCAGCUUGGCUGUUCCACCAUGUUGGCCUUGAUGCCAAAUCUUUGCUAUUUGCCGAGGAGGUUGAUUUUGAGAACCUAAUGAUGUCGGGACAGCUGAACAUUCUUGUGGUGGGGCAAGAUAUCCUUCGGACUAAUGGCGAGGUUGGAUCUCAAUGCACCAUUCUCACAGACAACUACUGUGAGGAUGCAUAUGACUUGCUGGAAUUCCCCAUGCUGAAAAAGCUUCUGCUUGCUGGGAUUCUGCUAGACACCCAGAAUCUGAAUUCAGCAGUGGAGUUGUCCACAACAAGAGACUCAGAGGCAGUCCAAUUGCUCCUAGCUGGGUCUGCUCCAAACUACAGGACUAACAUCUAUGAUCAAUUGAUACAAGAUCAGAAAGACCAAGCCCUUUUCGAAGCUUUCCGGCAUAGCUAUGGGAAGCCCCCGAGCAGCGAGAGUGGAAGAACAGAGAAGAGCUCAAGCAAUUCCAGCCAAAAUGAAUCCAACACCAAGACCAAAGGGGAUACAACAAGAACAGCUAAACAAGCUCCUAAGCCAGCACCAGCACAACAACAGCCUAAUGAUUCCUCCCGCGGAAAGAACAAGUCUUUCCUCUCGAAAUGGUUUGGCUUUGGAGGAAAGUAAUGAAGUUGGGAAGUUUACAACUUACCAACGCCCUUUUCUUUUCUCCUUCUCGAAUUAGUUUGUGUAGAGUCAUAUAUAGAUAUUGAAGACAUUGCCAUGUUUGUUGAAGUCUUAAUUUGUCGAAUCCUUCUUAUCUUUUAUUCAUUUGGUUGGUUGCUAGAAAAAAGGUUGUCGGUUUCUAUAUUCAAUAUUGUUUUUUGAAGUAUUAAUUAGUGAGGAUUGUAAUAAAUUUGUGUUGUACCAGUUUUUUAUACGAAAAUAAGUCCUAAAUGCGUGA